GAGAAAUGAUUUGAUUUGAUCUUGUUUUUUUCUCCAUUGAUUUAGUUGUGAUCAACAUUUGAUCAUUGAUUUGCUUUGUCAUGAUGAGAGGCGAAAGAGAAUCAAGAUUUAAUUGUGAUUAUCAUCUAAUUGCUGAUCUAGAUUUUGAAAUUUUUUGCUCACUCUUAAUCACGAUUAAUAUGUAUUAUCAGCAACAUUUACCUUUCAGACAAUUAACUUGACCAUUGAUUAUCUUUUCACUAUGUUUAUCUCAAUACUUUUAAUUGUUUCUAUGUUUCUACCAGGAAUUCAUUCAAUUAGAUGUUAUCAAUGUGAAUAUCGUCGAUGUCCAACAUUAUCCAAUUGUCGGGAAGUUCGUGAUAUUUGUACAAUCAACAACUUCCAACGUUGGGAUGUCCGACAAAUUGAAUGUCCAGGUCCUUGUGAGACACAUUUAGUUACUGAUCCAAAUGGUAAAGUGAUUAAAUGGCAUCGAGGUUGUUCAACUCAACCAAUGCCGACCAGAGGUUCGUCCGUUAACAUUUGUGAGACCAUUUAUCGAGUCGGAAUUAAGGAAGACAUUUGUACCUGUUCUGGUGAUUUAUGUAAUUCAUCAACUAAUUUACAACUACAAUUAACUGUCAUCUCAUUAAUUACCAUCAGCCGAUUUCUACUAUUGACAUAAUUAACUUAUUCUCAACUGAACCAUAAUUGACUUCGAUCUUUUUUUACUACAUGACUAUAAACUCCAUCGGAGUGAUUGUUGUAUUCCAAAUUGUUUGUAAUUCUUUUGACAAUUAAUAAAUUUUCCUUGUGUUUGA